GUUGAUUUUGUUACUGCUUUUUUUUAAAUAUUUCUAACUGUAUCAAAAUAUUAUUUUUUUACUAUUGUUUUUCAGAUUUACUUCAUUCUAUAUUUUUGUUGCAUUUUUUACUUUGUGAUAUUUCAUAUUGAUAUUUCAUAUUUACCAUUUCAUUUACUGUCAAUAUAUUGUUUCUAAAUAAAAUGUGUCCAAUUUCCAAAUCAAACUUAAUUAUACAUUAUCUUUUCUGUUUGUUACUUUUAAAGAUCUACCUUAUGAUAACUCUGUAAUAUGACUGUAAUAUGUGUGUGUGUGUAUAUAUAUACACUUGCCUGUUGGAGUCUUUAAGAAUAAAUAGUAAUCUUUGUUGUUUAGGUUAAAUUCUAUAUGAAGCUAAUAACUUCAGUGUUGAAACUUUGACCUGAAGAUGAGCACAAUCAAACAAUUGUUAUUUAUUUAUUUAAUUAUUUUUUUUAUGAUCAUAAUCUUAGCUGCCUUUUGUUAAUAAAAAAAGUGACACUAAUUUUUUUAAGUUUGAGAACCUAAUGUAAUGUCUGUGACUAUAAACUUCCUUGACAUUCCAUGUGUACUUACUUAUUGUAACCCCAAAAAAUCAUUUAAUUUUUGUGUUUGUGUUGUUAGUUUAUCUGGAGACAGCUUUGCAAAUCAUUUUAAAUAGUGAGACCAGAUUAAACUACCACAGAUGGAAUAGAUUUGAACAAUAUGGUUGAAACACAAUAGUUGAGAUACACCCAUCUUAAGGUACUUGCCCAUGACAAAUAUGGGCCCACAAGGGCUAUUGAAAGAAAAAAAAAGAAUGUUUGACUGUAGGAAUUUAAAUGUAUCCAUUUCACAUCUAGUUAGCAGUUAUAAUUAAAUUGAUUGUCAUGACGCUAAUACUUCUAAAAGGUAGUACCCACAUUAAAUUGACUUUUUGUAAAUCUACUGAUACAUACAGGAUGAAUCCAUUUUUUUGUAUGCCACACUCAACCUACAACAAAUAUUCUUGAACAAGGGCCCAUACCUACCUUGAUAUGCCACUGCUUAUAACAAUACAAUUAACAUGAAUAUUAGAAUAGGACAUAUUGACUGAAACCUUUUAAUCUCCAAUUGUCUCCACUGUGUACCAAUGCUUUAGCACCACACAGGUCAUAUUUCUCCACUGUGUACCAAUACUUUAGCACCACGCAGGUCAUAUUUCUACACUGUGUACCAAUGCUUUAGCAGGUCAUAUUUCUACACUGUACCAAUGCUUUAGCACCACACAGGUCAUAUUUCUACACUGUGUACCAAUUCUUUAGCACCAUGCAGGUCAUAUUUCUACACUGUGUACCAAUGCUAUGGCACCACGCAGGUCAUAUUUUUACACUGUGUACCAAUGCUAUGGCACCACGCAGGUCAUAUUUUUACACUGUGUACCAAUGCUAUGGCACCACACAGGUCAUAUUUUGUGCUAGAACAAUGCACUGACAUUUUUUUUUCUUAUUUCUAUGAUAGCACUACUGCACAGCUCACAUCACAUGCCUCUUAGCAAAAAAUAACUUGGUCAAGAAUGAUUUGCCCCUUGCUAACAUCUGCCCGAACUUAAGUGCUUCGAUAGGACUAGUAGAUUUAUACUUAAGAUGACUAUGACAAUGGUUGUUCAAUGUACUAUUAUCAAUGUGAUUCUUAGUGUACUAUUGAAAUCCAGUGUAUAAUAAUGUGUUUUUUUGUUACUAUUCAUGACUACAGCAAUUAAUUUUUUUUUCUAUUAAGACUUUUCUGCAUUUGGUUAUCUCAUUGACUUUAAUGUAUGCCUUAAUGAUCUCAAACCGUCCAUUGAAAUGUGACAACUUAUUAUAUUUUAUUAUUGUAUAUGGACACUUUGUUGACUAUGAUUUGGUUCUAUUAGUUAUGUCUUCAAAGCUGUGAUUGAUUGUUCAAUGUCCAACUCUCACAAGUAACAAAUCAAGAAUUGUGUUUUCAGUUCAAUAUAACAAAAGAACUAACAAUCUUUGAACUCUUCACUUGACCAGCUUUAAAGCGCGCUUCUCAUUCUUUUGAAAAAUAUAUUCAAGCGGCCCCAAAACUAUUUUAGAAAAUUAUUUCACACCUUUUUUUUAAAGAAAUUUUAUAAUAUAAAAAUGAAAUAUUUCAAAGUGUAUCUUUUUUUAUAAAAGUCUGUAUUUUCUAAAUGUCCAGGAUGUACCUCAUGUUAUGACCGUUCAUGUAGUUGCUGUCAAUUUAGCAACUUGGCUUUACAUACAAAAUAAUGCAAAUGUUAUGAAUUUUUGUUCAUAUGCCAUGUGAAACAUUGGCAUCUGAUUGAAUUGAAACAACAUUCUACCAAAUCUAAAUACAUGGGAAAACUAUUAGAUAUAUUGGUUAUAAAAGUCUUGGAAUAAGUUGACCUAUUUAAAUCAAAACAAAAUAGUUACUUACAGUUGUGUGAAUUUUUAUCACUUAUAUUUCUAGGAGAAUUGUGCGUGUGUGUUUUAAUUUUUGUGUAUGUAAUCUACAAAGAAAUAAAUAAAGUGGUUACUUGAAAGUUUAAUGUGUAUUAACAUUUGAAAACAGUUUAAAAAGUGAACUAAUAUAAAAAGCUUAAAUAGCCCAGCUUCAAAUUAUGUCACCCUGGUCCCACCACUCCUGAUCUCCAAGAAACGUCAUCGAGUAAGCCUCGUAAUUGUUGAAUGGCUAAAUGAGGCUUUGAAACCAAUGUGUGUUACAGACGUUAUAGACAUUGCCUCAAACUAAAGGAGCUAACCAGAGGUCCACUUCAACUUUCAACUAUGUUAUAUAGAAUAUGUCCUCCUUGGACUCAGCAUGGGACCAUUGUCUUCUUCCUAUCCUAACGUCUGUAGCUACCUGAUCAGCUUCGAUUUGUUUUCUAACCAUUAUCAAUACAAGUAUUGACAAGGAAAGUAAAUCGUUUUUGGACAAGCUUUGUUGACAGUAACAUUUGGUGGAUGGUCACGUGUUACAGACUACUUUGAAUUGUAGUGUGCAGGAUAGUUAGAUCACUCGUUCUAGUUACUUUCUAACAGUUCUCCAGUUUCUUGUUCUUUGUUGAUAUUUUCAAGAUAACUGUUCACCGUGUGUUUUUAGCUAGCGAUUUUGUGCAAUUCAGUUUAAUCAACUAUUUUCUAUACUGUAUGAUAUAUAUAUAUAUAUAUAUAUAUAUAUUGGAUUAUAAAAUGGUUUGUUAGAAAAGGAAUGAUGGAUUUUUUUUUCUUCAAUAAAUUGCAUAGUUCCAGUACUUGCUCUUGCUUAUCAGACAUGUCUGAGGAGGACUGUAUAAGAUGUUAUUUUUAACUAACAAGAUAAUUAAACUACGUGUCAAACGUCUUCAUGAAAAGUGGGCAGAAUUCUACUCCCAUGCAAUCCACAGGUCGAAAUGGAAAUAGCGUUCGCUUGUGAACUACUUCUUAACAGACUUCAUUUCACCUUUUAUUCAUUUCAAGGCUAAACAAGUCCCAACAUUUAAACCCUGACCACUACAUUUGUCAAGUAUUUCGCUUAUAACAAACCUUGAAGUAGCUGCAUUCCUUCGGAUAUAAAUUUUGUUGAUAAGUCGAACUGUUCAAGAAAUGUUGACAAUUUCACGUCCAACUUAAAAACAAACAUCAGAAUGUGUUUUGAAGUAUCCAGGUGUCGUAGACUGGUGAGGGUGAAGCACAAAACUUUGAUUGUCUUGUUCACUGUCUCUGUUUUAUGGUAUCUGACUUUCACAUUGUGUUUGCUUUACGGCAAAAUCUCAAUUGUUCCGACACUCCUGGACUCGAGGAGUAGCAUCAGUGACAAUAAUUCACGCCAGGAUUCAUUCCUAGAUACGUUCAGUCACGUGGGUAGCUCGUGUAAAGAGAAGACAAAUUUUGUGUUCAUCAAAGGAAUGAAGUGUGCUACCUCGACUCUCCUGGGCGUCUUCUACCGCUUUGGCUACACCAGGAACCUCUCCUUUGUUUCCCCCCUCAGAAACAGGCUGUAUCUUAAUUGGCCUUAUCCGAUGACCAAACGGGACUUCCGUCCAUCCAGCCGUGGCUACAACAUUCUGACAGACCACUCGGUAUUCUCGGAGACGGUCAUGGGCGAGAUCAUGCCUGCGGAUACCAUCUACAUCAGCAUUGUUCGUGAGCCUUGGACUCAUGUUCUGUCCAUAUUUCAGUACUUCAAAAUCCACUUGGUCGCUGGUGUGCCGCAGAAUGUGACUAACCCGGUUGUCGAGUACUUUACGCACGUGGAAAAGUACGAGUCUCAUUACGCUUCACCCUUGAAUAAAGAAAGGCUCUUCUGCUACCCGGCUGGGUUCUCCUUUACCAGGAACUUGAUGUCCCAUUGCCACGGCAUGCCGCUGGGGUUCCCUCCUGGCACCAAGGACAUCUCCAACGACCCUGAUGCUGUAGACCAGUACUUGAAACACCUGGACAAAAAGUUUGGUCUGAUCAUGAUUGUGGAAUACUUUUACGAGUCUCUCAUUCUCCUCCGUAGACUCAUGUGCUGGGCUUUCAGAGACAUCCUGUUUAUCAGGGCCAACGUGGCCAGGUAUGAUUUCGACGUCACAAAGAUUGACCCACAUGUUGUUGACAUUUAUCGCAACUGGAGCAGCAUAGAUUAUCGACUUUUUCAUUACUUUAAUCAGACUCUCUGGCAACGAAUCUCCGGGCAAGGUUCCCUGUUUUAUGAAGAAGUUGCUGAGUUCAAGACAGUUGAAAGUCACGUCAGUGCCUACUGUCAGUCCGUUUAUCGUUUGGGAAAAUUGCCCCAGUACCCCGCCAACGUGUCACUACUCGUUGUGUCAAAGUCUUCUUGGACGGGGCAGUUCUCCUUGACACCCUCAGACUGCUGGAUGCUUGGUCCUGACCCGUAUCACUUACUGCACGUAGUCCAGCAGGAGAAUGACGUGAAAGAGGCUACUCUGCUGGCAGAGCAUACAAAGUUACCAGAUAACAGGACAGCUUCGGAGAAAUCUGUUUGUUGAACAUAUGUUUUUAGUAGGGCUUAGAGACAAUGUAGUUGUUUUUUUCUUAAAUCUUAGUUUAUAUAAAUUGCCAUCGUAGAUCAAAGACUAGGCUGUGUUAUUCUGAACCAUAAAUAUCAUUUUUGCCAUGUAUUUAGUCCUAAAAAAAAAAUAUGCCCGUUAGUUGGCACACAUCGAUUGUAUUUUGGGGAACUUAAUUUAUUGAACUGAAUAUAAAUCUUGCAUAGAAUAAUAGUGUCACAUUUGGAGCAGUAUUGAUUUCAAAUUUGUCACCUUUUGUUUUUGGUUGGUUAUAUAAAAAAAAUAUUUUUACAACCGAAGGAUAUAACUAUAUAAUAUAUAUAUAUAUAUAUAUAUAUAUAUAUAUAUAUAUAUAUAUAUAUAUAUAUAUA